UCCGCUCAACUCAAGUGUGUGUGUGUGUGAGUGUGUGUGUAUGGCGUGCUGGUAGUGUCGGACUUUUCCCCUCUGUUGUGUCUGUCUCUCGUCCAGCGGGCUUUCUCGCCUUCUCCCUCCGCUCGGCAGGCUCCAGGUCGUCCGCCCGGCCCCGGAGCAGACCUGGACCAUGUUUUAGAAAAGUUCCCGACGCCUUCUUCCUCGAGGAGCCGGUGGACGACGGACCCACCGGAGAUGGAGAAGCUAACUGAUAGCUCACUCGCUAGCCGGGAAUCAGAGAUCACAGCGUAGGCUCGCGCUAGCAUGCUAACAACGAGCUAAUUUAGCAUUUCAUCGGCUCUCCGAGUGACUUUGUUAACCUGUAGCGACACCCACACCGCCGGUUCCUCCUCGGGCCUGGCCGCUGCCGCUGCUGCUACACGCUCCGCACUUUGGUAAACGAAGCCAGCUCUCUCAGGAAGACUCCGCCGCAAACACAAGCGACCGAGCGGGACCGUCGGAAAGUAGCCGCGGUCCAUCUCUCAGCCCGGAGUUAUGUUGUCUAACGCACAGAACCAGCCACUGUUUCCCAACCCGGCGGGGCAGCAGCAGCACCCGGCCGGGCAGCAGAACCCCACCGGACAGUUCCUCCCCUUCCACGCCAGACCCACCUUACAGAUCAAGAAGAUCGCCAUCACUGACGACUACAAGGUGACCAACCAGGUGCUGGGGCUGGGCAUCAAUGGCAAAGUGCUCGAAAUCUUCCAGAGGAAGACCGGGGACAAGUACGCACUGAAGAUGCUGCAGGAUUGCUCCAAAGCCCGCAGAGAAGUGGAGCUCCACUGGAGGGCUUCUCCUUGUGCCAACAUUGUGCGCAUCAUUGAUGUUUAUGAGAACCUUUAUCAGAGCAGGAAAUGUCUGCUCAUUGUGAUGGAGUGCAUGGACGGCGGCGAGCUUUUCAGUCGAAUCCAGGACAGAGGAGACCAGGCCUUCACAGAGAGAGAGGCCUCUGACAUCAUGAAGAGCAUCGGAGAGGCCAUCCAGUAUUUACACGCCGUCAACAUCGCCCACAGAGACGUCAAGCCGGAGAAUCUACUGUACUCCUCGAAGCGGCCCAACGCUCUGCUCAAGCUCACAGACUUUGGCUUUGCCAAGGAGACCACCUCACACAACUCUUUAGCCACCCCGUGCUACACACCGUACUAUGUCGCUCCGGAGGUCCUGGGCCCGGAGAAAUAUGACAAGUCGUGCGACAUGUGGUCGCUGGGUGUCAUCAUGUAUAUCCUGCUGUGCGGAUACCCGCCGUUUUAUUCGAACCACGGUCUAGCCAUCUCCCCCGGCAUGAAGAGGAGAAUCAGGAUGGGCCAGUACGAGUUUCCCAACCCUGAGUGGUCCGAUGUAUCAGAGGAAGCCAAACAGCUGAUAAGGACCCUCCUGAAGACCGAGCCCACUCAAAGGAUGACCAUCACAGAGUUCAUGAAUCAUCCCUGGAUCAAUCAGUCCAUGGAGGUUCCUCAGACUCCACUCCACACCAGCCGGGUCCUCAAGGAGGAGAAAGACGCAUGGGAGGACGUCAAGGAGGAAAUGACCAGUGCCUUGGCUACCAUGAGGGUCGACUACGAGCAAAUCAAAAUCAAGACCAUUGAGGACUCAACCAACCCACUGCUAACGAAAAGGAGGAAGAAAGCCAAUAACGCCCUUCCAGACCCAAAGGCCGCUGCCCACUGAAAGACGCACACCUGCAUGCACAUGGAAACCCAGGUCGUGAAAAAGGAAGCAAUAAUUUGACACACGAGUCGCGUUGCAUGGAUUUUCUCAGUGUUUUAUUUUUUCAUGGCAAAUUCUAAUGUUUUGUAAGAGUGUUUCUUUUUAUUACUCUACCAUUUUAACACAGUCUCCGCUCUGCGCCUCACAGAGGGGAUGUCGGUUUUUGUGUUUUUACACCAGUGAAGAGAUUAUAACUAUACAGUAGAGAGGAGGAGAGGAGAUCUUUCCCAGAUAAUCGGUUUGUGUUACUCAGACGGGGCAGAAACGUUGGAAGCCUUAGCAUUAGCAGUAGUCGUCUCUCACCCCGCAGCACCCAAACCUGUGAAUGUUAUAUUCAAUGGCUAAAUCCCAAAAAAAAAAAAAAAAAAAACUAAAACAAGGGAAGUUUCUUUUUUGCGGAUGCGUUUUGAACUGACGAGUGGAAU